GGAAGAACGGCAAAGCUUGGGCGCGAAGGGGCCGGGGAGAGAGCGAGCGAGCGAGAGGGCAUCGGAUCGCGUCGCUCGUCGCUGUCUGACGCUUCAUUAAUCCCCUCCGCCUCCUCCUCCUCCUCCCGCCGCCGCCGCUAAUUAACCGCACGCCGAUAGAAAGCCAGCGAGGUUAAACGGCAGCAGCGACGACGGCGACGUCGACGAAAACAACGAACGGCGUAAAGAUGGUGAAAAAGAGAAAAGGAAGGGUCGUGAUCGACUCGGAUAGCGACGACAGCCGCAGCGACGAAAGCAUGGACGCGGAGUGGCUCUCGCUGGCCAAGCGCAAGCGCAGUGAGCCCGAGCAGCAGAGCAGCCCUUCUCCCGUACCUCCGGCUGCCACGCCACAACCGGCGGCGGCAUCGGCGGCGGCGACGGCGGCAAAACGGUCAGACUCCUCCGACUCGGAGACGUCCGACAGCGACUUGGAGUGGACGGUCGGAGGCAACAACGCCAAGAAGAAGGGCAAGGGGAAGAGCGGCAAGAAGUCGAGUAAGAAGACGUCGGCCGUGGCCAAGACAGCGUCGGGGUCCUCCGAGGAGGAGAGUGCAGCGGAGGCGUCCGAGCCGGAGGAAGGGGAGGUGUCGGACUCGGACAGCAGCAGCGACUCUGGCUCGGGUUCGGCGAGCUCGUCCUCGUCGUCCUCAUCGUCGGAAGGGAAGGACCAGUUCCACGAUGGCUACGACGACGACCUGAUGGGCGACGCAGAGGACCGCGCGCGCCUCUCCAAGAUGACGGAGAAGGAGCGCGAGCAGGAGCUUUACAACCGCAUCGAGAAGCGCGAGGUUCUCAAGACGAGAUUCGAGAUCGAGAAGAAACUGAAAGCGAGAAAGAAGAAGGAGAAACGAAAGAAGCACGAGCAUGACCGGGAGCACAGGGAGAAGCAGAGCAAGGUGCAGGAGACACCCGUAAAGGUGAUGUCGCACAGCAAGGAGCGGCGCUCAAAGCGGGACGAGAACUCGACAAGAAGUCCCAGGCCAUGGAGGAGCUCAAAGCCGAGCGCGAAAAGAAGAAAAACAAGACUGCGGAGCUUCUGGCACGGAAGCAGCGUCUAAACGCGAGCGACGUGUACUCUGACGAUGACGAGGAGGAGG